AUGCUACCUACCGCUACCAAGAAGCCACCGUCGAUGAUGGCAUUGACGGCUCGUUUGAAGGAAAUCAAUCUGUCCUUCAACGAUAUUUUGCGGUUUGUGCAAGCGUUUAGAGAAACCAACACCGCUACUGAGGUUGAGGUACGCCUGGGUAAGUUGGAUCAACUUUGGGAAAGUUACAGUGAGGUCUUAGUGGAAAUCUUUGCCCACGAUGACUACAAACCGGAAAGUGCCACGCUAGAGAAGGAGCGUACGGAGUUCAGCGAUCGCUACUAUGAAGCGAAGUCGUUUUUAAUGGACAAGGCCAAGGAUUUCCAGGGAGCACAGGCAUUGGAACAGUCCAUGCGAACAAGUGAUGCUUCGGUGCACGGAUCCGUUGAUCACGUUCGUCUUCCACAGAUCAAACUGCAAACUUUCAACGGUGACAUCGAUGAAUGGCUUAGCAUCCGUGAUUUAUACACGUCACUCAUCCAUUGGAAGGUGGAUCUACCAGAUGUGGAAAAGUUCCACUACUUUAAAGGGUGUCUGCAAGGGGAACCAAGGAACCUGAUCGAUUCUCUACCGAUCACGAAGGCCAACUACCAGGUGGCCUGGGAAUCAUUAUUGCGCCGGUACAAUAACAGCAAGCACUUGAAAAAGCGGCAGGUACAGUCGUUGUUUAAGCUGCCUACGCUCUCCAAAGAAUCUGGAACUGAACUGCACACUCUUGUGGAAGGCUUUGAGAGGAUAGUGCAGACUCUCGAUCAGAUUAUCCAGCCAGCCGAUUAUAAGGAUCUUCUGCUGCUGAAUAUCCUCACUGCUCGACUGGACCCUGUUACACGAAGGGGGUGGGAGGAGCUAUCUGCAACGAAGGAGCAAGAUUUGCUAGCGGAUCUGACUGAAUUUCUGCAUCGUAGGAUCCAGGUAUUGGACUGUCUACCAUCGAGGUCUGUUGACACUAGGGGUGUUCAGCAGACACAAUCACAACAGAAGCAGAAAUCAUCAUCGGUGAAGGCCAGCUAUGGUUCAACCCAAACGUCUGGGGGACGCUGCGUGGUCUGCUCAACAAAUCAUCCGCUUUAUCAGUGCAACGCUUUCCAACGGCUGGAGGUUUCAGACAGAGAUGCUCUUCUGAAGACACACUCGCUCUGCCGGAAUUGUUUCAAGGCCGGACACUUGGCUAGGGAAUGCCAAUCCAAAUAUUCUUGUCGGCACUGUAAGGGUCGCCACCACUCACUGGUAUGUUUCAACCCAAAAGGAGAUGGUGAUAAACGGGUAUCGGCUGCUGCUGGAUGCAACAAACCUUUUCCUCCUGAAGAUCCAUCGAAAUCUCGUUCCAGCCAAGUAGCUAGCAUGACAGCUACGAAUGCAUUGGUGUCUGGUACGGUCCACCAGCAUGCAUCACAGGUACUGUUGGCAACGGCUGUCGUUAUAAUUGAGGAUGACAAUGGCUGUCGCCAUCACGCUCGCGCUCUUCUGGACUCAGGGUCGGAGAGCAAUUUUAUCACUGAGCGAUUGAGUCAGCUGAUGAAGGUAACUCGCGACCGAGUGGAUAUAUCGGUGCUCGGGAUCGGACAAGCGACCAUCAAGGUCAAACAAAGGGUACACGCAUUGGUGCGCUCACGAGUGUCUCAGUUCUCACGUGAACUAGACUUUCUGGUUCUCCCGAAGGUGACGGUGAACCUGCCAACAAUCAGAGUGGAUACGAAUGGAUGGUCGCUUCCAUGCGGAAUUAAACUGGCUGAUCCCGCAUUUUUCGAACCGAACGCAGUGGAUCUCGUUCUCGGUAUCGAACACUUUUUCGAUUUCUUCGAAACUGGUCGAAGAAUGUCCCUGGGAGAAGGUAAUCCAGCUCUCCAUGAGUCCGUAUUUGGAUGGAUAGUAAGCGGUGGUGUCUCUGUUCCAUCUCGCUCUCUCCAAAUCACUUGCAAUGUAUCGACACUGGAUGAGUUAGAUGCAUUGAUCUCUCGUUUCUGGUCCUGUGAGGAGGUUGAGUCAGGCAAGGCUCACUCGCCGGAGGAAACACGGUGUGAAGACAUCUUUGUCUGCACAGUACAACGAGGUUCGGACGGUCGGUACACCGUCUCACUACCGAUGAAUGCCGUCUCACGGUUGGGCGACUCAAGGGACAUCGCAUACCGGCGUCUCCAAGGAACGGAACGCAGACUGGCUAAGGAUUCAUCACUUCGGAAACAAUACAAUGCGUUUAUGGAGGACUACAUCAAGCUCGGUCACAUGCGUGAGGUGGUUGAAACGGAUAUGGAGUUGGAUAAACGGUGCUUCCUCCCACACCAUCCAGUCAUCAAGGAGGCAAGUACCACCACCAAGGUGAGGGUGGUUUUCGACGCGUCGUGCAAGACAUCCAACGGAGUAUCACUCAACGACGUGCUAAUGACAGGGGCAGUCAUUCAGGAGGACCUUCGAUCCAUUACACUCCGCAGUCGGACAAAACAAAUCAUGCUUGUGUCGGACGUUGAGAAAAUGUUCCGACAAAUUCUUGUUCACCUACUGGAACGUGCAUUGCAGUGCAUUCUGUGGCGCUUUUCACCUGCGGAAUGUGUUCAUCUGUACGAGCUCAACACCGUGACAUAUGGUACUACAUCGGCACCUUUCCUGGCGACAAGAACGCUCAAACAGCUAGCCUUGGAUGAAGAGGCACAAUAUCCACUCGCAGCGAGAGCGGUUCUCGAUGACACCUACAUGGACGAUGUCAUUACAGGGGCGGACGACGAAGAAACAGCAACCACAUUGCGGGUACAGCUAAACACAAUGAUGUCAAGUGGUGGAUUCAAGCUGCGGAAAUGGGCUUCGAAUUGCCCAGCGGUGCUGGAAGGCAUUCCGGAGGAAGACCUGGCGAUUCGGUCGUCAGAAGGGAUUGUUUUGGAUCCAGAUCCCUCAAUCAAAACACUGGGGCUAACUUGGAUGCCAGUCUCCGAUACUCUCAAGUACCAGUUUUCAGUUCCUAGUCUGAACCCUGAUACACCGCUCACUAAACGAUACGUGCUGUCAGUAAUUGCCACACUGUUUGACCCUCUGGGGCUGUUGGGAGCUGCCAUAACAUCGGCCAAGAUAUUUAUGCAACAGUUAUGGGCAUUACGUGACGGACAAGGUCAAAGGCUUGAUUAG